AUGCGCAUCUCCGUCUCCUCGAGCAUCAUCGCCGCCGCGGCCGGCCUCUUCUCGCUGGCCGGCGCCAACACCACGCCCGUCUCCGACAAGGACAUGAACGACCUGCUCAACGAGGGCGGCGUCUCGCUGGCCAUGAAGGCCGCGCCCAUGUUCUUCUUCGGCCAGGCCCUCAACCACCCGCCCUGCAUCCCGACCUUUGCCACCGACAAGAACAACAAGCAGACGCCACCCGCCGACCUGUGCGACUGGCCCGACGCCGGCUGCAACUGCCGCACCCCGGGCGUGCCCAUCGGCAACCCGGCGCCGUCGUUCCCGGUCUACUACUCGUACCAAAAGUGCACCGACACCAGCAUCCGCAUCCAGUACUCUCUGUUUUACCAAAAGGACGGUGACUGGGAGCGCGUCAUCGUCAUCUGGAAAAAGUCCGACGACGGCCUGUGGCGCCCGGCCGAGAUCAAGCUGUCGCAGCACAGCGGCUACCAGACCCUCGAGUGGGAUCAGAUCCAAAACACCUUCAACGACGACACGGCCGGCCAGAAGCUGGGCGGGCCCAACGGCCAGAAGAACCUCAACCACGCCAAGGUUUACGUCGCCUGGGCCAAGCACGACCACCACAACGAGCGCAACACGGGCUUCAACGACGCCCUGUCGCAGCUGACCAACAACGCCUUCCGCUCCCAGGACUGGUGGUACUUGCCCCAGCGAGGCGACUACCUCCGUGCCGACGGAAGCACCGAGAUUGGCCGCCUGAUGAAGGGCAUGGACUGGGGCGAUGCCACCUCCAACCCGGCCAGCGUCCACGACGGUCUCUGCCAGGCUUAA